GUAAAUGGAAAGGAUACAAAGAGAAGGAAAUAAAAAGACAGCAUAGAACGAAUUGGAGAGAGAGAGAGAGAGAGAGAGAGAGAGACGUCGUCCGAAGAACGACCAACCUUAUUCUCAGAACUCCCUCGUCGUCGUUGCCUGUCGAAACGGAGCAUAAAAAUGACGAGAUUUUGUUGAUGUCAGUAAACAUUUUAGAGUUUUCUUUUAUUAAAAUGUUUUGUGGAUGUUGCAGAAAAGCUCAAAAAAAUUUCAAACCCCAACGAAUCAAUGGAGAGAGAGGAGAAAAUGGAAUUGCCAAGGUUUGUGGCGCUUAAAUCAAUCCACAACAACAAAUACUUGCGCUACAUACAUGAAGCUGGGCAGGUACAUGGGUUUCUCCGAUUCUCGGAAAAGGUGGUUUCCAGUCCCUACGCCAAGUUAGAAGUGGAGAUGGCAAAGACAAGUAAUAAUGGGAAGCGGCUUGUGCAUAUAAAAUGUUGUUUCAACAACAAAUACUUGGUAAGGUGGACGCCAAACCACUGGUGGAUUGUUGCUGAGGCUGACGAACCAGAGGAAGACCAAUCCAAAUGGUCCUGUACGCUGUUUGAGGUCCUCUUCUUGGAUGGAGCUAUUCACCCAUCAAUUGAAAAUGUUAAUAAAAAAAUUCGAUUUCGCCAUGUCCAGCUCGGCCACUAUGCAUGCUUAUGGAGGGCAGCAGCCCCAUAUGAUUCAUGUUUAUUUGCAGGAUCAGAGAAUUUUGACAAUGAUUGGUGCGAUAUCUACACAUUCAUUGAAUGUGAAUCAGUGUUGUCGACACCGACAUCCUCAAUGUUAGCAAGAGAGGAAAUGCCAUUAUUGUCAGGGACGGUGGUGCUUAAAUCAAACCACAAUCACAAGUACUUGCGCUACAUACAUGAAUAUGGGCCGGUGCACAGGUUUCUCCAAUUCUCUGGAGAGGAGGUUUCUAGUCAGUACGCAAAGUUUGAAUUGAGGAGGGCAACGACUAGUAGUGGGAAGGGAUGUGUGCAUAUAAGAUGUUGUUACAGCAACAAAUACUUUGUCAGGAAGUCGGCCAAUGACCCAUGGAUUGUUGCAGGGGCUGACGAACCAGAGGAAGACCGAUCAAAAUGGUCCUGUACCUUAUUCGAGCCCGUUUACGUAGAUAAUGAUGAUAAUGAUAAAGAUGAUGUUCAAACAGUUCGAUUCCGUCACGUCCAGCUCGACCGCUAUGCAUGCUUAAGGAGGGAAGCAACUCCACGUGAUUUAUGCUUAUGUGCAGGAUCACCAGAGCCUGACAAAGAUCAGUGUGAUGUAUACACAAUCACUGAUUGGGACUCACUGUUAAUUUUGCCACCCAAAGACGAAGCAUUUACAAUACAGAACAUGACAUUGCCAAGGUUUGCGGUGCUAAAAUCAAACUGGAAUGACAAGUGCUUGCGCUACAUACAUGAAGAUGGGGAGGUGCAUGGGUUUGUCCAAUUCUCUGGAGAGGAGGUUUCCAAUCAGUAUUCAAAGUACGAAUUGGAGAUGGCAAAAACUAGUAGUAAUGGGAAUGUACUUGUUCAUAUAAAGUGCUGUUACAACAACAAAUACUUUGUAAGAUGGUCGCCCAACCACUGGUGGAUUGUUGCCACUGCUGACGAACCAGAGGAAGACCAAUCCAAAUGGUCAUGUACCUUAUUUGAGCCCCGCCGCAUAAAUGAUUAUGACGCUGCUCAAACAACAAUUGGAUCUAUUGCUCAAACAAUUCGAUUGCGUCACGUCCAGCUCGGCCACUAUGCAUGCUUAUGGAGGGUAAUAACCGUACACAGUUCAUGCUUAUUCGCAGCAACCACAGAGCCUAACAAAGAACAAUGCGAUGUCUUCACAAUCAUCGAUUGGGAACCGCUAUCAUUAGUGCAGCCCAAAUCCAACGCUUUUACAAGAGAGACAGUAGCAUUGCCAAGGUUUGUGGUGAUCAAAUCAAACUACAAUGGCAAAUACUUGCGCUACAUACAUGAAGAUGGUGUGGAGCAUGAGUUUGUCCAAUUCUCUGGAGAGGAGUUUGUGAGCCCAUACACAAAAUACGAAGUGGUGAUGGCAAAGGCUAGUGGUGGGAGGGGACCAUUUGUGCACCUAAGAUGUUGUUACAACAACAAAUACUUGGUAAAGUGGUCGUCGAUGCAUGGUUGGAUUGUUGCCGGUGCUGACGAACCAGAGGAAGACCAAAAACAAUGGUCAUGCACGAUGUUCGAGCCCCUCUACGAAAAUGUUGUAGCCCAAACAAUCCGAUUUCGCCAUGUUAAAGUUGGCUCCUAUGUAUGCUUAUGGAGGAUAGCCUCUCCUCGUGAUUUCUGCUUAAUCACAGGAAAUUCAAUGCUUGACCCAGAUCGACGUGAUCUCUACACCAUCAUUGAUUGGGAAUCACUGUUCAUACUACCUAAGUGCGUGGCGUUCAAAGGCAAUAAUGGCAAAUACCUUAGCCCCUGCUUGAUCAAGGGACACCAAUAUCUACAUUUCUCCUCAUCCAGUGGCAUUACAGAUCCCAUGGUCUGCAACGAGGUCAUCACAACUCCUAAUGGAAGCGUUCGCAUAAAGUCUCAUCACUUGGGCAAAUUCUGGGGGCGCAACAACCAAAAUUGGAUCUUGGCUGAUUCAGAUGACAACACCAGCAGCAGCAGCAGCAGCAACAACAACAACUCCUCCUCCUCCUCCUCCUCCAUUUUAAUUAGAAUUUUUGUUGGUCGGUCAGAAAAAAAAAGAACACAAAAGCAAAAACAAGAAAACAACUCCCCUGAAUCUGACAUGUUUUGGCCGACCAAAGUUGGCAACAACGUUGUUGCUCUCCGUAACUUGGGUAAUAAGAAGCUCUGCAAGAUACUCUCUUCCGCCAAUGGGAAGAUUAACUGUCUCAGUGCUGAUGUGUCCACCAUUUCCACUGAGGUGCACCUAGAGGUUGAAGAAGCAGUUACAUCAAGGAAGAUAUAUAAUGUCAAUUUUCACCUCAGAGAUGCCAGGAUUUACAACCGGAGCAUCCUCACUUUGGCCACUGAAGAUGCUAUUAACAGAACCCAAGAACCCAAAACUGUAGACGUCAAGCUCUCGUAUUCAGAGAGUAAGACCCGUGCUUGGAAUUCCAGCGUUUCAUUGAAGUUGUUGGGUGUCAAAACCACCAUCCAAACCACUGUUCCACUCAUUAUUGCAGAGAAGAAAAUUGAGCUUUUGGGUGAAUUUAGUGGAGAUUACCAGUGGGGACAAACUAAGUCAUUGACAACUGAUGAGGAGAAAGUGUACAAGGUUAGUGUGCCACCAAUGACAAUGGUGAGGGUGAAUCUGAUAGCGACAAAGGCUUCGUGCGACAUUCCCUUCUCUUAUGAGCAGCUCAACACCACCACUCUUACUGAUAGACAACAAAUUACUGAAACCAUGGAUGAUGGCAUUUACACUGGCAGCAAUUGCUUUAACUUCAAGUAUGAGACUGAACAAGAAAAGCUUCUGGGUUGCUCUAUUGCUGGAAGUUUGUGAUGUUGAGGGCUACUCAACUCAACCCAGAUUUCAUGUCUGUUUUAUCAUUUCAGUUCAUAUGUAUGUAUAUGUAAAUAAAUGUGCAUUGGGAAAUUCUAUGAUAUGCACCGUUAUGGCUUUAAUUGUGACUUGUUGUAAUAUUGGUUAUAAUUUACUAGUGACAUAUUGUGGUUAUUAGUUUAGUUAUGACUUAAAAAGUCUUUGGGUACAUCUCAUGUGAAGUUUGGUUUUGACCCUUAGUUAUGACACAUUGUGUUCACGAUA